AUGUCGAGCCCAGGAGUCGACGGGGACCCCAAGCCUCCAUGUUUGCCUCGCAAUGGCCUAGUGAAGCUGCCUGGCCAGCCCAACGGUCUGGGGGCAGCCAGUAUCACCAAGGGCACACCAGCUGUCAAGAACCGCCUGUGCCAACCUCCACCCCCACCCACUCUACCACCUCCCAACCUGGCUGCCCCACUCCCCCGGCCCGCCCUGGCGGGGGUGCCGUGCCCCUCAGUAGGGCUCCCUCUUGGUGGACCGGCCUCAUCCCCAAUGCGCGGGCUCCCAGCGGAGCGACCACCCCUGGCUACAGACGAGAAGAUCCUCAAUGGACUCUUCUGGUACUUCUCGGCUUGUGAGAAGUGUGUGCUGGCACAAGUGUGCAGGGUUUGGCGACGUGUGCUCUACCAGCCCAAGUUCUGGGCCGGCCUCACGCCCGUACUGCAUGCCAAGGAGCUCUACAACAUGCUGCCGAGUGGCGAGAAGGAGUUUGUGGACCUGCAAGGCUUCGCUGCACGUGGCUUCGAGGGUUUCUGCCUGGUGGGUGUCUCCGACCUGGACAUCUGUGAGUUCAUCGACAACUACGCACUCUCCAAGAAGGGUGUCAAGGCCAUGAGCCUCAAGCGUUCUACCAUCACAGACGCUGGCCUGGAGGUGAUGCUGGAGCAAAUGCAGGGGGUGGUCCGGCUAGAGCUCUCUGGCUGCAACGACUUCACGGAGGCAGGGCUGUGGUCCAGCCUGAGCGCGCGCAUCACCUCAUUGAGCGUGAGCGAUUGCAUUAACGUAGCAGAUGACGCCAUUGCCGCCAUCUCGCAGCUGCUGCCCAACCUGGCCGAGCUGAGCCUGCAGGCCUACCACGUGACGGACACGGCACUGGCCUACUUCACGGCACGUCAGGGCCACAGCACGCACACGCUGCGGCUGCUGUCCUGCUGGGAGAUCACCAAUCACGGCGUGGUCAAUGUGGUUCACAGCCUUCCCAACCUCACGGCACUCAGCCUUUCCGGCUGCUCCAAGGUCACAGACGACGGUGUUGAGCUCGUGGCCGAGAACCUGCGCAAGCUGCGCAGCCUUGACCUCUCGUGGUGCCCGCGCAUUACCGACAUGGCGCUGGAGUACGUGGCCUGUGACCUGCACCGCCUGGAGGAGCUCGUGCUGGACAGGUGUGUUCGAAUUACAGACACUGGCCUCAGCUAUUUGUCCACCAUGUCAUCCCUCCGAAGCCUCUACCUGCGAUGGUGCUGCCAGGUUCAGGACUUCGGGCUGAAACACCUCCUGGCCAUGAGGAGUUUGCGUCUCUUGUCUCUGGCCGGCUGUCCACUGCUGACCACCACGGGGCUAUCAGGCCUGGUGCAGCUGCAGGAGCUGGAGGAACUGGAGCUGACCAACUGCCCCGGGGCCACGCCCGAGCUCUUUAAGUACUUCUCGCAGCACCUACCCCGCUGCAUAGUCAUCGAGUAG